AUGGCAGAAGCACUAGCAGCAGCUUUCACAGAUAAUCCCUUGACAUGUAACAUCUGUCUGGGAGAGCAUGAGGACCCCCGUGUGCUGCCUUGCUACCAUACAUUUUGCUAUGGUUGUAUAUCCAAAUAUGCCAAGGAAACACUGACCCCAAAUAGGGCAUUUCUGUGUCCCAUUUGUAGAGAAGAGAUCCAGUUUCCAGCUGGUGGACUUAAACAACUGAAAAAGAAUUUUGUGUUUAGCAAGGCCAAAGAUAUCAUAACCCAGAAACAAGAUAGACGAACAUUGGAAGAGAAACAGGCCAAUGAGCAUGUAGCAGUGGCACAAGCCAUUGCAAAAAUGGCCAUCAGUUGUGAGAAACAUGCUAAUAAUAGGUUAAAAUAUUACUGUGAAGAUGAUGAUACAGUUAUAUGUGGUGAGUGUAUAGCAACAGAACAUGGCGGACAUCGUAUUUCAUCAGUUGAGCAAGUUGCAAAAAGCAGUAGAGAUAAAAUUAAAGCUGCCCUUGUGAAAACCAUGAAAACAAGCAGGUUUAAAGAGUCAGUUGCCAUGAAAACAACCAAUGAAACAGAGGACUCUGACAUCAGGAUAGCCACCAUCAAAAAUAUCAGAAAACAAGCUCAGAGUAUGCGCAAAUUUAUUGAUCAAAGGGAAGAGACUCUGAUAUCAGAGGUGAAUUCUCAUUAUGACAACAGGAAAAAGCAGGAGGCAAACAGGGGCAACCUUGAACUCCACAGUGCCUCCUUGCACAGUGCCUGUUAUUUUGCCCAGGAACUUAUCACUAAUGGCACUGACUCUGAUAUAAUGGUUCACGCAAAAUCCUUGAUAGAGAGACUUGCAGUGAUGGAGAAAACACCUGCCCCAUUUCUAGACACAGCAGCAGAGAUAUCAUACAACCCUGCUUAG